AUGGGUAUAUUUUCUGAGUUUGGUAGAUUGAUGAUCAAUCAGAACGUACAACAACCUCAAAAGGCCGAGUCCAGCACAUCUGAAAAUGUUAAAUCUAAGCCGGCGUCAGAGAAGGAUACUAAUACUGCCCCUGCUAAGGUGAAGGUAAAUAAUGAAGAAGAUGAGGAUCUCAAGCAAGAUAUUUUUUGGAGUAAUGCAGAGAAGAAGCGUCCAUGGUUUGAUGCUCCUCCUAGGGUGAAGGUGACAACGAAAAAUGGUCUUUGCCAUAUGCACAUUGAAAUGACAAUGGGAAUGACUCCGGAGGGAGUCUACGAAACUUUCAUAAAUCCACAUAACCUACCAAUUUUCAUUAUGGGGAAGCGCCAACUUCUGGUAUGA